AUGUUUGAUAGCUCCAACUACCCAUUUAACUGUUUUAACUACGAUGGAGAUGGAUAUCCUUCAUCCAGCACGGACGAGGAGAAGAAAAUGUGCAGACCUGCGUACAGCCUGAUAAAAGUGUGUGUAUGUGUGUGUGUGUGUUGCAGCUACAUCGCUCUGAUCGCCAUGGCGAUCCAGCAGAGCCCUGAGCAGCGGGUCACUCUGUCGGGCAUCUACGAGUUCAUCAUGAAGAGAUUUCCGUACUACCGCUCCAACCAGAGAGCUUGGCAGAACUCCAUCAGACACAACCUGUCCCUCAACAGCUGCUUCAUCAAGGUUCCUCGGACCGAGGGCAACGAAAAAGGAAAGGGGAACUACUGGACGUUUGCCACCGGCUGUGAGUCGAUGCUCGACCUGUUUGAAAAUGGAAACUUUCGACGGCGACGGCGCCGGAGGAACAUGAAAAUCGGCUUCCGUGAUUCAGGAGAAACCCCUUUCCACCCUCUGGAGAGCCACAGCAACCAGCAUGUACCCACAGCCCACCGCCCCGAACCCAACUCCGCCCUCUGCCCUCUGAACCCUGAGAGGUCGCGGCAAGGCACCCAGCAGAACCACCUGGUCCCAGACCCCACCCAGCAGGGCAAACCAGAGCCAGAGAUCAAGUUUAGCAUUGACUACAUCCUGUCCACUCCUGAUCCACCACUGCCUGGAUUCAGAUCCUCCCACGGCCCUGUUCACAUAGGGCCAACGGGCCCCCCCAUACAUGUUCUGGAGCCCCAACACCUGAACCUGCACUUCUGGACUCUGUGA